AUGUAUUGGAAGAGCGAGCCGAUGUUCGUCUGCAGGCUGGAAGACAAGGACCUGCCCGCGCUCGGCGGCCCCGCGGAGAAGGCCAGCCCCGCCGUGGCCGACGAGGACUCCUGCCCUUCCUCCGCCGCCCUCUCUCCUUCUUCCUCGCCGCGGUCCAUGGCCUCGAGCUCCGGCUGCGCCCCCGGCAAGUGCGUGUGCAGCAGCUGCGGCCUGGAGAUCGUGGAUAAGUACCUACUGAAGGUGAAUGACCUCUGCUGGCACGUGCGCUGCCUGUCCUGCAGUGUUUGCAGAACCUCUCUGGGAAGGCACACCAGUUGCUACAUCAAAGACAAAGACAUCUUCUGCAAACUGGAUUAUUUCAGGCGGUACGGCACCCGCUGUGCCCGCUGCGGGAGGCAUAUCCACUCCACUGACUGGGUCCGGAGGGCAAAGGGAAACGUCUACCACUUGGCAUGUUUUGCAUGCUUCUCCUGCAAAAGGCAGCUUUCCACUGGAGAGGAGUUUGCCUUGGUUGAAGAGAAAGUCCUCUGCAGAGUACACUAUGACUGCAUGUUGGACAAUCUGAAGAGAGAGGUUGAAAAUGGUAAUGGGAUUAGCGUGGAAGGAGCGUUGUUAACAGAGCAAGAUGUUAAUCAUCCAAAACCAGCAAAAAGAGCUCGGACCAGCUUCACAGCAGACCAACUCCAGGUUAUGCAAGCACAGUUUGCUCAGGACAACAAUCCAGAUGCACAAACGCUUCAGAAGCUGGCAGAAAGGACGGGCCUGAGCAGGCGUGUUAUACAGGUGUGGUUUCAAAACUGCAGAGCACGCCAUAAGAAACAUGUUAGUCCUAAUCACUCCUCUACUGCUCCUGUCACAGCAGUUCAACCCUCCAGGCUGUCUCCACCCAUGCUAGAAGAAAUGGCAUACUCUGCAUAUGUACCCCAGGAUGGGACUAUGCUGACUGCUCUGCACAGCUACAUGGAUGCUCAUUCACCUACAGCUCUUGGACUCCAGCCUUUGCUACCCCAUUCAGUGACACAACUGCCACUAAGUCACACCUAA